AUGGGGUUCUUCUCGGGGAUCAUGCUUGGAUUCAUCCUCGGCGUCGCCCUCAUCGCCGGCUGGGCGCGCGCCAUGGCUCGCCGCGCCCACAAACGCAGCGCCAAGGCUGCCGAUGUCAAUGUGCUAGGAUCUCUCAACCGUGAGGAUCUGAAGAAAAUAUGCGGAGAAAAUCUCCCUCAAUGGAUUUCAUUCCCGGAGUAUGACCAGGUUAAAUGGCUCAACAGACAAUUGAGCAAGCUUUGGCCUUUUGUUGAAGAGGCAGCAACCAUGGUCAUCAGGGACUCCGUGGAGCCUAUACUCGACGUUUAUCGACCGGUGGGGAUAUCCGCACUCAAGUUCAGCAGACUCUCACUAGGCACCGUGCCACCUAAAAUUGAAGGCAUUCGGGUCCAGAGCUUUCAGAAAGGGCAAAUCACGAUGGAUAUCGACUUCAAGUGGGGUGGGGAUCCGAAUAUCGUCCUUGCAGUUGAAACUCUAGUCGCUUCACUCCCGAUUCAGUUCAAGAACCUUCAGGUGUUCACCAUCAUCCGCGUGGUCUUCCAAUUGUCUGACGAGAUACCAUGCAUCUCUGCUGUUGUCAUUGCUCUUCUGGCAGAGCCAAAACCGAGGAUCGACUACAUACUGAAGGCGGUCGGGGGAAGCCUGACGGCGAUGCCCGGACUUUCAGACAUGAUCGACGACACCGUGGCGUCAUUGAUCACUGACAUGCUCCAAUGGCCGCAUAGAAUCGUCGUUCCACUGGGCGUUGACGUCGACAUAAGUGAUCUGGAGCUGAAGCCGCACGGGAAGGUGACGGUGACGGUGGUGCGCGGGGAGUCGCUCAAGAACAAGGAGUUCAUCGGCAAGUCGGACCCCUACGUGGUGCUCUUCAUCCGCCCCAUGUUCAAGGAGAGGACCCGGGUCAUCGACGACAACCUCAACCCGGAGUGGAACGAGACGUUCGAGCUCAUCGCCGAGGACAAGGAGACGCAGCACAUCAUCCUCGAGGUGUUCGACGAGGACAGCCUGAAGCAAGACAAGAGGCUGGGCAUCGUCAAGCUGCCCCUCAGCGACCUGGAGGUGGAGACCGUGCAGGAGAUCAACCUGCAGCUGCUGUCGUCGCUGGACACCACCAAGGUCAAGGACAAGAAGGACCGGGGCGUGCUCACCGUCAGGGUGCUCUACCACCUCUACACCAAGGAGGAGGCGCUGCGGGCGCUGGAGCUGGAGAAGAGGACGGUGGAGGAGCGGCUGAAGACGAGGGAGGCGACGGGGCCCGCCGUCAGCGGGUCCGCGGACGCAGCCAGAGGCGUGGCCGCUCCGUCCACGGUCACCACCAACGUGGCCGGCACGGGCGUCGCGGUGGGCGCUGCCGUGACCGGUUCGGGCGUCCACAAGGACGGGUCGGGCGUUCACAAGGACGGGCCGGGGGUUCACAUGGUGGGCACGGGGAUCGACGCGGUCGGCAAAAGCAUCACCAAGGCCGGCAAGUUCGUCGGCCGGACCGUCACAGGGCCCUUCAGCAGCCAGAGGCGCAGCGCCGCGAGCGUGCCGACGAUCGACGAGUGA